AUGGCUGGAAAAAAGUACACUUUAAAAUCAAAUCUAUCUCUCUUUUUAAGAGUCUAAAGUGUAUGCGCAGGAGGUAUUUAUUAAGGUUAUGUUUUAACUGAAAUGCUCUUUACUGGAAUGUACAUUCUAAGUAUGAAUGGAAUUUAGAUAUUUGAAGAAAGUUAGAAUGAAAAAUAAUUAACUGAACAAACUCGUUUGCUUUGUCUUUUGAUUGGACCUAUUUUUUGUGUCUCUGGAUUUAUUAUUUCUUAUUUCAUUCCUCUCUUUACUGCAAAAAUUGAAAGGCGCUAAUGCAUGAUUAUUUCUGAUAUUAUUUUCAUAACUGCUACAAUUCUAACAUAGAUUCCCUCCUUGUAUGUAUUUGUAAUAGCUCGUUUUCUCAUGGGAGCUACAUGCGGAAUAGAUCUAAUAGUAACCCCUCUUUAUAUCCGUGAGAUAUCUCCAGAUCACAUUUCUUCAAAAACGGAGUCUCUUUUCUAGGCAAAUAUUUCACUUGGAAUAUUAUUAGCAUUUUUUAACUAAAUUCCAAUGGAAAAUUUCACUGAUAACGAUUAAGAAAUUGGUAACUACUGGCAUUUUAUCUUUCUAUUUCCUGCUAUCUUUUCUAUAAUAAGAUUGCUUUCUCUAGUUUUUAUAUAUAAGAAAGAUACCCCUUAUUAUUAUUACAGAAAAAAACAAUUAAUCCAAGGAAGAGAAGCCUUAGAAUUAAUCUACUAAGAUAAAUGCAUACUCGAAUUAGAAUAAUAGUAUCUUGUACCAGGUUCUUUUGAUAUUAAUGAAAUAUAAACAGAACUACAAAUUGGGUCAUGUUAAGAUGUCGAAAGCUCAGAACAAGCAAAUAAUUUCAAUUCUUUAGUAAGCGAAGAAAUCAAUAUAAUUUAAGAUUAUGGUAAAUCUUAUAAAAAUCGCUUGAGGGUUGGAAUACUAAUUAAUUUUUGUCAAGAAAUGUCUGGAGGAACUGCUGUAAUAGGUCUCUCUGGGUCAGUCAUUGGACUUCUAACAGACAAUCCUGAAAUGGAAAGAUGCUUGAUUCUUGGUUCUUAUGUUUUCAAUUUAUUUGUAUCUACUUUAGGUGUUGCCUUUGACCGUAAGUUAGCUCGUAAGAAAUAUCUUGUAGGAGGAUUCCUACUUUGUUCCAUAUGUUAGUUUAUUAUGGCCAUAAUUAGUAGUUGUUUUAAUAAUUUGAAGGAAAAUCUAACUCUCUAGUUUACCUUUUUCAUGUUCUUAUUAUUCUUUUAUGCAUCAUUCAACUUUACUAUAGGUCCUGUUACUGUCAUAUUGACUUCUGACAUUCUAAAAGAUAGAGGUUUCAGUUACAGCAUUAUGGCAAACUGGCUUGGCCACUUCUUUUCCUUUGUAUUGCUUGUCAAUCCUUAUCAAUAUAUUAAUCACAUUAUUUAUGGAUUUUUUGGCUUUUUAGGCUUCUUGUUUUCAAUGAAAUAUAUUGUUGAAACGAGGUGGUUCAACUUUAGCAAUCUUUAAGAAAUUUAUAAGGAUAUAUAAAAAAAUUAAUAAUAAAAUUUGAAAGUAAAACCUACUAAUGAAAAAACUACCAUUUAAUAAAAUUUACUUCAAAAUAGUGAUUAAAUUCAAUGA